AUGCGGGCGAGCCUAUCGCUACCGCUCGUGCUGCUGGCCGCGAGCCAAGCGAUAGCAGUCAAAUUCGAUCUGCAUGCGGCCCAUCAUCCUCAGCCAAAGUGCAUAUGGAAUACCGCCAUGGUCGACACCCUCGUCGUCAUCACCGCCAACGUCGAGCCAGGCCUGAAUCAGAAGAUAGACAUGGAAGUGCUCGAUGGAAGCUCUCACAAGAAUAUCUACCAGACCAAGAAGAACAUCCAGUCCGAGACGCGCAUGGCCAUCACGACUCAUGCUGAUGCCGAACUUGGCGUCUGCUUCAAGAACACGCUCGACGCGAAUAUACCCGAGCAUCAGGCCCACAAGUUCUCGAGAGCGAUUGAUCUGGAUGUCGACAUUGGCGCAGACGCGGUCGACUAUAAUGCUAUUGCCAAACAAGAGUCGCUCUCGGGUCUCGAGGUAGAGAUGCGCAAGCUCGAAGGAGUCGUCAAGGAGAUUGUCGACGAACUCAACUAUCUCAAGCAAAGAGAGCGAAAGAUGCGAGAUACAAACGAAUCAACGAACGAAAGAGUCAAGUUCUUCUCUUUGCUCACAGUAGCGACACUCGUCUCUCUCGGAGUAUGGCAGAUCGUCUACCUUCGAAGCUACUUCAAAAGGAAGCUAUUGAUAUGA